AUGGGAGGGACAACAGGAUGCGAAAAAGAGCAUGUGGGACGUUAUGCCACUGGUGAGCUACUUUGUUACAAGUGUGGGAAGAGUGGCCAUCUAGCCAAGGAUUGCUAUGCAUCAGUUGCUCGGGUUGCAGUUGCCCAAGCUACACCACUUCAGAUGAUUUCAGUACCUUUUACCGCACCACCUACUGCACCACCAGCCACGGGCCAAGUGUAUACCUUAGACCGCCAGCAGUCGGAUAGAGCUCAGAACCUUGUGAGAGGUACUGUUUCUAUUGGUGGUUGUGACGUAGAUGUGUUGUUUGAUUUCGGGGCCACACAUUCCUUCACUGCAAACCCGAUUGUUGUGGGGCUUAAGUUGCCCAUUUCUGUGCUUUCUCCACCUUUGUGGGUUAUUACCGCCACCGGGGAGAAGUGUGAUACUUCAUCUGUGCACUGUGAUGUUGUGUUUCAGUUGGAUGGCCGAGAGUACUCGGUGGACCUAAUUGGUUUACCUAUGGCUAAUUUGGAGAUCAUCCUUGGCAUGGAUUGA